GCGUAAUGGGGAAGGGAAUAGGAAGCUUUGGUAAGAGGAGGAACAAGAUCCACACACUAUGUGUGAGGUGUGGAAGAUGGAGUUUCCAUCUCCAAAAGAGCCGUUGCUCUGCUUGUGCUUACCCUGCUGCCCGUAAAAGGACAUACAACUGGAGUGUGAAGGCAAUUCGCAGAAAGAUAACUGCAAUUGGCUGCAUGAUUCGUAACGUCCCUCACAAGUUCAAGACCAAUUUCAGAAGGUACUGA